UGAUCUCCUCUAAAAAUAGAGAAAUUAUCCGCGCGUCACUGAACGUUAAUCAGAUGCGCAUCAAUCUUUGCGCGCGCAGCUGUGAUCUCAUCUCGUGCCAUCAUCUGUUUCUUUGAAAAGUUCAUGGAUAAAAGGAGCACGGCAUGGUGCUGGGCGAUACCAACAGAACUAGUGUCGCGCAAAGCCACGGACAAACUAUGAAGCCCUUCAUGGCAGAGGAGCGCGCGCGAGAGACAGGUGCAUGUGUUGAAACAUCUAACGGUAUUAUGAUCUCCGAGAUCCUCGUCCCUCGACUCUUCAAAAUUGCAGACGAGUCUGGAGAAAUGGCAGUGUCUACGGGUUCCGCUUCCUUGAAUAUGAAGCCCUCCAGCUCGUCGAUCCUACUGGAGAUGAUGGACGUGGCAAACGGCACGAGCUGCGCGGAGCAGAUCCUCAGCUACGGAGAGGUCGAGAAGGUGCUGAUCGGUGGGGUGCUGACUAUGCUCACACUCAUAACCAUCUGCGGGAACCUGCUCGUGGUCAUCUCCGUGUGUUUUGUGAAAAAACUACGGCAGCCCUCCAACUAUCUGAUCGUGUCCCUCGCGCUCGCGGACCUCUCCGUUGCCCUCGCGGUGAUGCCGUUCGUCAGCAUCACGGACCUGAUCGGUGGCCGAUGGAUUUUUGGCAAGUUCUUCUGUAACGUGUUCAUAGCCAUGGAUGUGAUGUGCUGCACCGCGUCCAUCAUGACCCUUUGCGUUAUCAGCAUCGACCGGUACCUGGGCAUCACCAGACCCCUAACAUACCCAGUGAGGCAGAACGGAUGGUGCAUGGCCAAAAUGGUGCUUUCAGUGUGGCUGCUCUCUGCGUCAAUCACCUUGCCACCGCUCUUUGGCUGGGCGCAGAACGUGAACGAUGACCGCGUGUGUCUGAUCAGCCAGGACUUUGGUUACACUAUUUACUCUACAGCUGUUGCGUUUUACAUCCCCAUGACUGUCAUGCUAGUCAUGUAUAACCGCAUCUACCGCGCCGCCAAGCUCAGCGCUGCCAAACACACCAUCACUGGCUUUCCUCGUGCAGGACAGGAGGAGGAAGAGGAGGAUGAGGUGGAAGUGGAAGGGGGCGAUGGGAUGGACGGUCCCAUGGGUGUGGAUUGCGUAACCGUUGCGAUCAAGCUUCAGAGAGAAGUGGAAGAGUGUGCGUGUCUGCCUCGAAUCCUGCGAGGAGUGGGCAGGAGGAGCUCGGACCGCAGGAGCAUUUCCAUAUUCAAGCGAGAACAGAAGGCGGCAGCCACGCUCGGGGUAGUGGUAGGAGCGUUCACCGUCUGCUGGCUCCCGUUCUUUCUCCUGUCUACGGCCCGGCCCUUCAUCUGUGGCACAGAGUGUAGCUGUGUCCCGCUGUGGGUGGAGAGAACUCUGUUGUGGCUGGGCUACGCCAACUCACUCAUCAACCCCUUUAUCUAUGCUUUCUUCAACCGCGACCUGCGUACCACCUACCGAAGUCUGCUCAGCUGCCGUUACCGUAAUAUUAACCGCAGACUGUCAGCCGCCGGGAUGCAUGAGGCCCUACGACUGGUGGAAAGACCAGAGGGGGUUGUCUCUGGGUGACCCGAACAGUGCACAUAACAUACAAAGAGUUCAGAGGUUAACAUUUGGAACUCACAAGCCUAAAUGGUCAUGAUGGCAUUUAGGAUGUGUCAUGUCUGGAAGGUGUCACGGUGUACUGACAGUGCGUACACAGUCAAAACAGUGGCCACUUCGGACAGAGGUGCAUUAUGGUCAAUGCAGUUGCAUUUUCUCAUCUUCACUGACACAUGCACUAUCACUGGCUUUUCUUUGGAACUUAAGAGAAAAUACAUAUAUUUGUUUCAAACCACAAAACAAGAAAUGGACCAACCCAUUUCACAGAACGUUAUCAUAUUUUAAAUAUGUACUGUAUAUUUAAAAAUAUACAUCUUGUAUGUGAAAUGAAAUGUAUAUGAAAUCAAUGAUUUUUUUUUCAUUCAUAUGGUCACACGUGUAAUAUUGCAUCAGUAUCCUGAUAACUUAAUAUUGUGAAAUAUUGAGGGAAUCGAGAUAUACAGAUUAAACAGAACUUUAGGGAGAAAUCUAUUUAGAAUGAUCCAGUCUUAAAAAUAGAAAACCGCCCAGCUCUGUUUCUGCUUUAAAAAUGUUAAUCGAGCUCAAUGAGCUGUGAGAAACUGGUUUGUCAACUGUCAGCACCUGUUAGCUCACUAAGUGUGAUUCAUCUGUGUCUGAUUCUUGCGACUUUUGGACUUUAUGCUAAACACAACUUGUCAUUUCUACUUUCAGUCUGCACAUGCUCAAAAUCACUGAUUUUAUGCAUUGAUGGAAAGUGCGUUUAAAUCACAGGUCUAAUAGCUAAGCUUCUUCCUGCAGCUGUGGUUAAGCCAGAAGCAACAGGAGGUAAUCUGAUCACCAAUCAGUAAUUAAGGGGGUUUUGAUGAGAUUGACUCGGCUCUUUUUCUUUUGUUGGCAGCUAUUUAUAGUUCGGUUCUUAUGCAAUUAGCUUUUAUUUAGUACUUGUCACUUGUCAAGAAUUCAUCUCGUUGUGAUCAGAGUCACUCUUUUGAAUGCCUCAGAAUUACCUGUGCAUAAAUAUAAGAUCAUCAAAUUUGUAAUGACUUUUGUAUGGUGCUGUCUAAAUGUGUAAAUAUAAAAAAUGCACCAAAAUGGAAAGAUACCUAUCUCACUGUGUCUUCAUUGUUGUAUACAUGUUUUUAUGUCACUUCUUGUGCAUAUUUUCCCAUACAUUUCCCACAAAAGUCUAUAAAAACUGAACUGCCUAGUUACCCCACUAAUAUUUUUUCCCCUCAUUAGCAUGCCAUUUCUAUGACUGAACCUUGAAUAUUGAAUACACCUAGUGUCUAAUACACACUCAGGGUGAGUGAAGUAUGCAUGGCGGCAGAAAGAAAAGAAAGAGAAGCGAAGUGCGGGGAGGUAAACAGAGUGCUAAUUACCUCACCAUUAUUGGGGGGUACUGCUUCUUUACUUCUUAUAGCACCAAAAGUGCCUGAUGUCUGUGUGCCCUUUCCUUUUCCUCAUAGUGUC